AUGACGUUGUUGUGCCUGGUCCUUCCUGCUGCCCAGUGUCUGCUGUGCCAGAAGGCCAGGAGCCAAACCCUCAACCCACCGGCGGCCUUGGGAGCCCGAGGAGGAGGCGAGGAGCAGGCACAGCCUCGGAAGAGCACUGAUAAGAUGGGCAAAGGGACGUUCCUCUUCAGGCCCAGCGGCCUUGGGAGCCCUGCCCCUGGGAAUCUGGGGUCCAGGCCUGCCCCAGAAUGGAGUUGGAGCUUCAUCCUUAUCGGGCAGGGGGGCAGAACCUGGGGUGGGAGGGGAGCCUGGGACAGGGCUGGGGGCAGGCUCAGCUGCAGAGAUGAUGGUCUAUCGCAGCUUCUGACUGCGCUCCUCAGGACCCGGCCUCUGAGAGGACAUUUCACAGCUCCAAAGACGUUUCUGGAUUUGGUUACUCCUGUGUCCCUGGCCCCGCAGUGCUGGGGAUUCCCGGGGGCGUCGCCUGCUUCCGCCGCCGCCUCCAGUGAAAGUCCCUUUUGGGUCCAGCUGCCACAGCCACCACGCUCCCUCAGGCCGGGCGGGGGACACCCCAGGUCUGCGUGGCCCCCGCGCCGCCACGCCCAGUGGCCUCCCGAGCCCAGUGAGCAGGGGGAGGAGCCGCCGCCAGUGGAGGCGGAGGAGGUAGAGGAGGCGGAGACGGCCGAGACCGCGGCGGAGAAGGCGGAGAGGAAGGUGGAGGCGGAGGCGAAGGUGGAGGGGAAGGUGGAGGCGGCGGGGAAGGUGGACGCCAGCGGGAAGGUGGAGGCGGCGGGGAAGGUGGACGCCAGCGGGAAGGUGGAGCUGGCGGAGGGACCGGGCGGCCGGGUUGAGCUCAAGCUGGAGCCCGAACCCGAGCCGGUACGGGAGGCGGAGCAGGAGCCGAAGGGGGAGCCGAAGCAAGAGCUGGAGGAUGAGAACCCAGCGCGGAGCGGCGGUGGCGGCGGCAGCAGCAACGAGGUUCCUCCCCCCACCCUUCCCUCCGACCCCCCGCAGCUCCCGGAUCCCUCUCCGCGGCGCAGUCGUGCCCCCCGCCGCCGACCCCGGCCGCGGCCGCAGACCCGGUUCCGUACCCCGCCGCAGCCUAGGCCACGGCCCCCGCCCCGGCCCCGGCCCCGGCGCGGCCCUGGGGGCGGAUGCCUGGAUGUGGAUUUCGCUGUGGGUCCACCAGGCUGUUCCCACGUGAACAGCUUUAAGGUGGGAGAGAACUGGAGGCAGGAACUGCGGGUGAUCUACCAGUGCUUCGUGUGGUGUGGAACCCCAGAGACCAGGAAAAGCAAGGCAAAGUCGUGCAUUUGCCAUGUGUGCAGCACCCAUCUGAACAGACUCCACUCUUGCCUGUCCUGUGUCUUCUUUGGCUGCUUCACGGAGAAACACAUCCAUGAGCACGCCGAGACAAAACAACACAACUUAGCUGUAGACCUUUACUAUGGAGGUAUAUACUGCUUUAUGUGUAAGGACUAUGUAUAUGACAAAGACAUUGAGCAAAUUGCCAAAGAAGAGCAAGGAGAAGCUUUGAAAUUACAAGCCUCCACCUCAACCGAGGUUUCUCACCAGCAGUGUUCAGUACCCCGCCUCGGUGAGAAAUACCCAACCUGGGAGACAACCAAACCUGAGUUAGAACUGCUGGGACACAACCCAAGGAGAAGAAGAAUCACUUCCAGUUUUACCAUCGGUUUAAGAGGACUAAUCAAUCUUGGCAACACGUGCUUUAUGAACUGUAUCGUCCAGGCCCUGACCCACACUCCAAUCCUGAGAGAUUUUUUCCUCUCUGACAGGCACAGAUGUGAAAUGCCAAGUCCAGAGUUGUGUCUGGUCUGUGAGAUGUCUUCACUUUUUCGGGAGUUGUAUUCUGGAAACCCAUCUCCUCAUGUUCCCUAUAAAUUACUACACCUGGUAUGGAUACACGCACGUCAUUUAGCAGGGUACAGGCAGCAGGAUGCCCACGAGUUCCUCAUCGCAGCGUUAGACGUCCUGCACCGGCACUGCAAAGGUGAUGAUGCUGGGAAGGUGGCCAACAAUCCCAACCACUGUAACUGCAUCAUAGACCAAAUCUUUACAGGUGGCCUACAGUCCGAUGUCACCUGUCAAGCCUGCCAUGGCGUCUCCACCACCAUAGACCCAUGCUGGGACAUCAGUUUGGACUUGCCUGGCUCUUGCACCUCCUUUUGGCCCAUGAGCCCAGGGAGGGAGAGCAGUGUGAAUGGGGAAAGCCACAUACCAGGAACCACCACACUCACGGACUGCUUGCGAAGGUUUACAAGGCCAGAGCACCUAGGGAGCAGUGCCAAAAUCAAAUGUGGUAGUUGCCAAAGCUACCAGGAAUCUACCAAACAGCUCACAAUGAAUAAAUUACCUGUUGUUGCCUGUUUUCAUUUCAAACGGUUUGAACACUCAGCCAAACAGAGGCGCAAGAUCACUACAUUCAUAUCCUUUCCUCUGGAGCUGGAUAUGACACCGUUUAUGGCCUCUAGUAAAGAGAGCAGGAUGAAUGGACAAUUGCAGCUGCCAACCAGUAGUGGAAACGACGAGAAUAAGUAUUCCUUGUUUGCUGUGGUUAAUCACCAAGGAACCUUGGAGAGUGGCCACUACACCAGCUUCAUCCGGCACCACAAGGACCAGUGGUUCAAGUGUGAUGAUGCUGUCAUCACCAAGGCCAGUAUUAAGGACGUUCUGGACAGUGAAGGGUAUUUACUGUUCUAUCACAAACAGGUCCUGGAACAUGAGUCAGAAAAAGUGAAAGAAAUGAAUACACAAGCCUACUGAAUUGACACACAGACCUACCUGUAAUGGAAGAUGACGACACCUAUACCACAACUGGCAUCGAUAUUUAAAGGACCUACUUGCAUGGCCCAUGGGCCUGACAGAGUAAGAACUGAACAGUACCCAGUGUCUAAAAGGUCCUGAUUGGAAGAGAAAUAGAAGGGUUGGGAGAAGAGGCUCUAGUCUAAGCAGUCAAUUAAAGGAAAAAUAAAUGGCAGGAAUGCUCUGUGAGAGGAAGGCAGGAGCAGGGAGGUCCUGACACUGGUACAUAGCCUAUAUUCCUCCAAAAGAUUGUGUGGGGAAGUGUGGGGUGGGAGGGGGGUGGUGUGUGGGGGGGUGUGCCCUUGUAACCGUAAAACAUCUUUCUCCAUGGGUGUUUCAGCUUCAACUGACCAAUCACAUAACAGUUAUAUGUUUGGGGGGUAAAAAGAAAAGUUUAUACAAAUGUAGCCCAUUACAUAUAUGGGUAUGAAAGCGGAAAAGUGGAGGAGGCAGGGAUAUCUCAUUGACAAACACCUUUGCCAGUUUCUUUGUAUUCGUGAUUUUUUGUGCUAUUAAAUGCAGUAUUAAAAAAAUAAAAGCCCACAUGGGCUAGUGAAAAAAGAAGAAAUAAGGGGGCUUGUAUAAGGGAGCAAAUGGCUCCAAUAGCAGAGAAGACAAGAAAUACUGUAAGAUAAGCAACCAACACAGACAGGCCUCAGCUACGAGUAUCGUGUGUGUGUUUAAAAAAAAAAAAAGCUGUAUGAUAUACUUGAGCAAAUCAAUGAACCUCUUUGCAAGUGUUUUCUCAUCUGUACAAUGCAGAUAAUCCCUACCUUAAAGGGUUAUUGUUAAAGAUUAAGUGAUAUAAAAUGUGUCAAAGUAUAAAGUAAAAGGCUUGGAACUUUG